AUGAUGAUUACCAAUAUUUAUGUGAUCACAGUCAUCGCUGUGAUCGGAGGCUCGCUCUUCGGCUUCGAUCUGUCUUCGAUGUCUGCCAUCCUUUCUACCAAGCAAUACCGAUGCUAUUUCAACGAGGGACCUAAUGGGCCUCCAUUCAAUGAUGAGUCUCACUGUUCCGGCCCAGGUUCCAAUCUGCAAGGUGGAAUCACCGCCUCCAUGUCCGGGGGUUCUUUCAUCGGGGCCUUGAUCUCGGGCUUCGUGACUGAUAUCUUCGGCCGAAAGUCGGCGAUUCAAUUGGGAGCUAUCGUAUGGAUUAUCGGAAGUACCCUCUGUUGCGCCGCUCAGAACAUCCCUAUGUUAAUCGUGGGUCGAUUCGUCAACGGUCUGUGUGUCGGAAUAUGCUCAGCCCAAGUUCCUGUGUAUGUUGGAGAGCUCGCGCCUCCUCAUCUCAGGGGCUUGGUAAUGGGUGCUCAGCAAUGGGCGAUCACAUGGGGUGUUUUGAUCAUGUUCUAUAUCUCGUACGGCUCAUCUUUCCUCACAGGCCCUUUGGCUUUCCGGCUACCUUGGGGUCUUCAAAUGAUCCCCGCGAUUUUCCUCUUCAUAGGGUUAUUGUUCACCCCCGAGUCUCCACGAUGGUUGGCAAAGAAAGAUCGCUGGGAGGAAUGUUGUCACAUUAUCUCUUCUAUCCAUGCCAACAACAACCUCGACGAGAACUUUAUCCAGAUGGAGAUCCAACAGCUCAAGGAUGCUUGUGAAUUAGAGCGCGACAGGACCGACAACAGUUACAUCGAUCUUUUCCGGCCGCAUAUGCUUUGGCGCACGCACAUUGUCGUCUUUGUCCAGAUCUGGUGUCAACUCACUGGAAUCAACGCCAUUCUCUACUACAUUACAUAUAUUUUCGGAAUGACAGGCCUCAGUGGCAGCUCCAACUUGGUGGCGUCAUCCAUCAGCUCCGUGAUCAACGUGAUUAUGACAAUCCCCGCACUCCUCUUCAUGGAUCGUGUCGGGCGUCGUCCAUUACUCAUCGGAGGCAGUAUUUCUCUCUUCAUCUGGUGGACCCUAUGUGCUGGCCUAAUGGGAGGCUACGGUGUCGCAGCCCCGCCAGGUGGCUUGGACAAUAUCCCCGAAGAGAGUUGGUUGAUCACAGGAGCUCCCGCCAAGGUCGUGAUUGCUUGCUCCUAUCUCAUCGUGGCCUCUUUCGCGCCAACAUGGGGCCCUAUUGAGUGGGUGUAUCCGUCGGAGCUCUUCCCCCUCCGUCUACGAGGCAAAGCCGCUGCCUUGUCCACAGCCAGCAACUGGGCGUUCAAUUUCGCUCUGAGCUAUUUCAUUCCGCCUGCUUUUGUCAACAUCACUUGGAAGACUUAUAUCAUUUUUGCAGUCUUCGCCUUCGCUAUGACCCUGCACGUCUUCUUCGUUUUCCCUGAGACAUCGGGGAGGACACUGGAGGAAGUUGAAGAUGCGUUCAAGGGGGUUAAGCUGGCUUGGAAUAUGGGUGCAGAGAAAUUCAAGGAUGAAGAGAUAACGCUUGAAUAUGAGCCGAAGCAAGACGAAAGUGAAAAGGCUGUGCACGUUGAGGAUACUAUAAGAUCGACGUGA